AUGAGUGACGACUUUGAUCAUAGCUCUCAAGACUCCAGCAAGAGAGCCCUAAGUAUGGGCAACGAAACUUCACUGGAUGUGAAGGACCAGGAUGUGGAUUUGAUGUACCCAGACGAAUAUAUCCCCACGGAGAAGGAAAUGCAUCCCAUCUACAGACACUUGGACUAUCGGAUCAUACCUGCAUGUUGGGUACUUUACUUCUUAGCGUCAUAUGGGUCGUCUGCUUACGGUAACACGUUGACUAUGAACUAUGAGAAAGGACACUCCUUGGCACAUUCUCUUAAUUUGACCACUCACGACACGUCCACUGCCACCGCUCUCUAUUAUGUGGCGUACAUCAUUUUCGAUCUACCAAUGAACCUCAUAAUGACUCGUGCCUCUCCACAGAUAUGGUUGUCCAGAAUUAUCAUCAGUGUCGGUAUCGUGUAUAUGUGUUAUGCGGCAUUGCACAAUGGACGUGGCUUGAUGGCAAUCAGGUUUAUGACGGGAUUUGCAGACGCAGGCACGUGGCCAGGCCUCUCCUACUACAUCUCCCUCUGGUACCCUGAACACAGGACUGCCCGCAGAAUCGGCUACUACUUUACAGCUGCGCAGCUAUCUGCAGCUGCAGCUGGUCUAGUUGCAGCUGGGUUUCAACGUAUGGAUAUGGACAGAGGGCUAUAUGGUUGGAAAUGGUACUACAUAGUGUAUGGUGCAAUCACUGUGUUUGUUGGAAUCUUACUUAUAUGGUGGUUGCCCGACAGACCUUCAUACCUCAAAUCUUCGGAGGCCAACAUGUUGAGUUUUAGGAGGUACCUACCAGACGGCCUCAUGAAAUACUUUAGGCCCAUCCAACCGUUAAACAAACGUGAGAGAAGAUUACAUCAUUUGGAUAUGCAAUAUAGAUACAAGAAUGUCAAAUGGGGAGUUAAGGACGUGGUAAAUAUCAUUAUUGACUUUAGAACGUGGCCUUUAGUUAUGAUGUAUUUUGGAGUCGUUGGUACGGGUUUUGGUUUGGCAGUUUUCGCAACAACAUUGAUUAGGGCCAACCAUCCUGGCUUAUCAGGUAUAGAUGUUUCUCUCUUGUAUGCACCGAUUUGGUUAUUUGAUUUCGCUAGUAUCAUAAUCACCACACCAAUUGCGGAUAGGUAUAAGAAAUGGAGACAUUUUAUCUUUUGUUUCUUCUCCAUGUUGAUUAUCACUGGUUUAUUAAUCACUUCCUAUGCCCAUGGUCCAUGGAAUAGGUAUGCCGGUUUAUUGAUUGCUGGUUUUGGUUUAGGACCAACUGUCCCAAUUACAAUGACAUUAACGUCUCAAAUUAUGACUGCCAGAUAUGGUGAUGUUGGUUCUGCUGCUGCUGCUGCAAUUGUUUCUGGUUUGGGUAAUUUGGGCACAGUUGCUGCAACGUAUGCAUUGUAUUCCGGUUGGCCUGCAGAUAAGGCCAGACUGUACAGAGAUUCCAAUAUGAUGUUAAUCUUGAUUCUGGGUGUCAGCAUAGUUUCUGCCAUUGUCUGCUGGUACAUCAUGGAGAAAAUAGACAACGGAAUGUACAAUGAAAAGCGUAAGUACGUCGAGGCACAAACUGAACUGUAG